AUGGUAACGGUGCCAUUUGAUAUGAUACCUGAGGUGGUGUGGAAUGUGGCUCACGACCACCAACAGGUUGUGCCUAUAUCACUUUUCGUGGCUGUUCUUUGUCUCUGCUUGGUCAUUGGUCACUUGCUUGAAGAAAAUCGAUGGGUUAAUGAAUCCAUUGUUGCCAUUCUAGUUGGAUGCAUUGCUGGACUGGUACUCUUAUUAAUCACCAAGGGGAAGAGUUCUCACAUCCUUACCUUUAAUGAAGAACUAUUCUUCAUAUAUCUCCUUCCUCCCAUUAUAUUCAAUGCUGGAUUUCAGGUGAAGAAGAAACAGUUCUUCCAUAACUUUUUAACCAUCAUGCUGUAUGGGGUGAUUGGUGUUUUUAUUUCAGCAUCUGUUAUUACUAGCGGCAGCUGGUGGUUGUUCCCCAAGUUGAACUUCCUUUGUCUGAAUGCGCGAGAUUACCUUGCUAUAGGAGCAAUUUUCUCAUCAACAGACACAGUUUGUACAUUGCAGGUUCUCCAUCAAGAUGAAACUCCUUUACUGUACAGCCUAGUCUUUGGGGAAGGAGUUGUAAAUGAUGCAACAUCAGUUGUUCUUUUCAAUGCAGUGCAAAAGCUUGAUGUUUCAAGACUUAGUGGCAGUAAUGCACUCCGGGUUAUUGGAGAUUUCUUGUAUCUAUUCACAGCAAGCACUGGUCUCGGAGUCAUAGCUGGACUUCUCACAGCAUAUAUCUUGAGAGCUUUGAGCAUUGGAAAACAUUCAAGUGUUCGUGAAAUUGCAUUGAUGAUCUUAAUGGCAUACUUAUCCUAUACGUUGUCAGAGCUACUCGAACUUAGUGGAAUACUCACUGUUUUCUUUUGUGGAAUACUAAUGUCACAUUAUGCAUGGCAUAAUGUGACUGAAACUUCAAGAAUCACAACCAGGCAUGUGUUUGCAACAAUGUCAUUUAUUGCAGAAACCUUCAUAUUUCUUUAUGUGGGCAUGGAUGCCCUAGACAUUGAAAAGUGGAAGAUGAACAAACUAAGCUUUGGAAAUUUGAUGGGAAUUUACAGCACCUUAAUCUUAUUGAUAUUGCUUGGGCGGGCUGCUUUUGUUUUCCCUCUCUCUGCUUUCGCCAAUUAUAUGAGUAGUCGCUCUGACCAAACAUCAUGUAUCACAUUCAAACAUCAGAUAAUCAUUUGGUGGGCUGGACUAAUGAGGGGAGCAGUCUCCAUUGCUCUAGCUUUCAAACAGUUCACAUUUUCUGGGGUUGCUUCUGAUCCAAUUAAUGCGACAAUGAUUACCAACACUAUCAUUGUUGUCCUUUUUAGCACACUGGUAUUUGGUUUUCUCACAAAACCACUUAUUAGAUAUCUGCUUCCUAACAAUGCAACAACGAAAAACAUCAGCCAUGAAGAAUCAGGUCCAUCAGUUGUGGACUUGAAUCUACCUUUGCUAUCCCUUGAGGAGUCAGCUGAAACCAACAUUAGACGUGCAAAGGAAAGUUUGUCCAUGUUAAUAGAAAGUCCAGUGUACACUAUACAUUACUAUUGGAGGAGAUUUGAUGAUGCUUACUUGAGACCUAUAUUUGGGGGACCUCAUGGUAACCAGUCACAGUGCUAG